CUCACUCGUCAGCGCUAACGAUCCGACGAUCAUCAAUUGACACGCUCUAAUUGAGCCUCCAGGUUAUGAUGAACUGCCAGCUUCAGAAAUGGGUGCGACUGAUGGUGUGUUGGAGUCCAUCGGAACCGCCCGUUGAAAGCAGAGAGACGGCAGAACAAAGAGAGAGAAAUCGAUGUCCACAGACGUGUCCACGACUCAAACCACACCGACCACAUCGACCAAUCACCACAACAAACAACCUCGCUCACGCCAUUCCUUCUGUCUAUCUCUCUCGCCGCCUUUCACCUCUUCCUGCGCGGCCCUGUGCUGACGUAUGCACUCGGGGUGGGAUUGUACUGAAGGAAAGGUCAGGAAGGGGAGCACAUCACACACCAAAAGAGCACACAUCACAUACAUCGACGGCCAACGCACUCACUGCUGAUGUGCCUGACUCCCGUGUUAGAUAGAACCUGAUGCGAGUAGUAGUAUUUGCCCGUCUUCUUGCUGUAAUCUCAACCGGUGCGACGAUACCAGGCCAUAUACCUGAGUGGGCAGCAAAAGAAGCCAAGCCGGCCAUCCUCUCUUCUCGCCUCACUGCCUGUCUGUCUGUCUGCCGCCGUGGCGUACGUGUCUCGUAGGUUACUCACCGUUCAUACCACUCGGCGUACUGCUGGUCCCAUGUCUUCAUCUGAGUGGGCGGCGGGGGCGCCUCAUAGCCGAACCCCUGCCACCCCUGCAGCGCCACAAACUGCCUCGGCGGCUCGGGCGGCUGGGCACUCACAACGGCAUAGUGCUGCUGGACGGCUGGGGCGGCCGCCACAAUCUGCGGCCGGGCCUGCUGCUGCACCACCUGGGCCCCGUGAGCAGCUGUCGACACGAGCACCGGCUGAACCUUCACCUUGGGGGCUGGCUGAGACACAACCUGCACGGCCUGCACCUUGGGAGCCGGCUGCACCACCUUGACGGGCGGCGGCCGCUUGACGUGGUGGACUUGUGUGGUGGUCGUCGUGUACACCUUGGGCUGCACCUGCACCGGAGCCGGCCUCGUCUCACCCACAACGACGUACUGAGUGGCGCCGGCUGCGGCCGGGGGGCGGGGGCUGCGUGGGUGGCGGCGCUUGACACCACAACGAAUUCCUCCUUCUGCGGCACCGUCUGCUCGUGCUGGUCCUCCUGCACAAUGAGGUACUUGGGCUUCUUGGGCGGGGCCGCCUUCUUGACAAUGACCUGCGUCUGCUGCUGCGGCUGCGGGGCAGCGGCCUGCAGCACCACCUGCGAUGAGUCGACGUAGUAGUCGUGCCCAUGAGAGGCGACGGUAUGGAUGGCGGGGGCUGGUGCUGCGGCUGGGGCCAGGGAGGGGUCCUCUACAAACACCACCGGCCGCCCACUGCCGGUUUGAGCACCGCCUGAUUCAGGGAGGGGGAGCAGGGUCAUGGAUCGAUGAGAGACACGAGACAUGAUGCCUUUUGUGCCUGCAUGUCUUACCGUAGCUCUGGUGGGCGUAUGUCUGCUGCUGAUAGGUGGUCGAGUAGGCCGCGUGCAUCUGGGCGGCGUGAAGGUCGGUCUCCGCACGGUCGUCCCGGUGCUUCUUCUUUUUCUUGCCGCCGGUCUUUCUCUUCUUUCGGUGCACGAGUAUGAUGCACGUGAUGCAGACGAUGACGAGCAGGACCAGGGCGAUGAUGCCGCAUAUGACAAAGAUGCCGAUGAGCUGCCGCUCCUGCUCCUUCUUGCGCCGCUCGGCAUUGUCGUCGUGCCACUUGUCCCACACAGACUGUCAGACCGGUACGGACAGAGAAAGAACGACAUGCAGACGAACAUUCCUCGGUGGCACUCGUGUGCUUCUGUGUGUGCCGGACCUUGUCGUCAUCGUCGUCAUCGUCCAGGGACCUCAGAUAUGGCUCGCUGCUCUCCCUGACGUCGACUGCAUCUCGCUUCUUCUCGUGGUGUCCGAGUUCUGCUGCCAGGUCCAGCGGUGGGGGCGCUUGCCCACGCGCAGCAGCGAGAAGGGAAACGGCUGCAAGAGUCCAGAGAGAGGAGGCCAUGGUGGGGACAAUUCGUG